GGAAUGUCCUGAUAAUCAUCGUCAUCAUCAUCAUCAUUAUUUUUUAAUUUGGUUUUCUUUUUCAUUUUCUAUUUUUUGUUAUUAAAUUUCAUCUAUAUGCUUGCGUUAUUUGUUUCGUUUCUGGAUCUCUUCUAUGAUUAUAUUGAAAAUAUAUAGAUUGAUUAUAUAAAUUUUGAAUGAUUCGAUUAUUGAAUCGUAUCUUUACAUUUAUUGCAAAUCGAAUAUUGGAUUUAUUACGAUCGUCAUUGUUUGACAAGAACAAAAUGGCAUCUCAUGUCAUCGGAAAGAAACCGCUGACAAAACCAUCAAUGCAAAUGACAUUGAUAAAAAUAUUAGAUCGAAAUUCGCAACGACAAUUACAAAUUGAUGGCGCCGAAAAGCUGAUUGAAGAAAUAGCCGCCGCUGUCAAAUGUAAUGCUGAAAUAAUUCAACCUUGUUUUGACAAUGAAUUUGUAAUCAAAUUACGUACAAACUUUAUUGAUAAAUUGGAAAAGGGUUCACUAGUAUUAGUUAGUGAUUUCCUUAAAAAUUAUUUUCAAAUUGUAAAAUCUCAUGGAACGAUUUUGGAACUUCCAUGGAAUACAAUGAAACAAAUGGAAGAUGAAUAUAAUAAUGUUGAUGAUAAUGAAGAUUUGAAUGAAUUUUCUUCACAUUUAUCUUCAUUUUCCAUUGGAUCAUUAUUGAAUCUUUCAACGUUCGUAAAGCAUUUACAAAGUUCGCCUACAUCAAUAAGUUCUGGAAUGAAAAUGGAAAUUGAUUUCUUUAAAAGUUGUCUAAACUUUUAUUUUAUCAUCAAUCAUUAUUGUUAUAAAAUGGAAAUUCGUUUUGGAACCAUCAAAUACAUACUUAUAGAUAAAAAUUAUAAUUUAUGUAAACGAUUCUAUUUGGAAUUGAAUGCAGCACCAUUCCUUUUCAUCAACAACAAUAGUAAUCGCUAUAUACGUGUUGCAGAUUUUUCCGCUAGCUUUUCGUUUUCUCCUGAAAUUGAUGAUCCUUAUUUGUUGGGCAAUGCUUUAUCAUAUCAAAUUGAUGUCUAUUUACAGAUGAACAAAGCAUUUUCCUAUCUUUGUUAUCGCUGCAAAGAGAUAAAUCCGAGUUUUCAAUUGUACAUUGGAUUGGUUCAAGAAUGUCAUAUUAUCGAGAAAAAAUUCUACACAAUGAAAGAAGCUUAUGAUCUGGUCGAUGGAUAUUUUUCGCAAAAUUUUCGAAACAAUUAUGCAUGUCGCGUUUUGUUGUCAAAAUCGUAUAAAGUAAUCGAUUUUUUAGGUCCAGAUUUACCUACAUUUAUUGCGCGUUUGCAGACAUUGAGUAAUCAAUGCAAUAUUGAACCUUAUUUAUUCAAAUUAAGUGUAAGCUGUAAUAGUCCAAUUUUUGAUAUUUCAACCGAAUUUGACCAAAUUCUUGAAGAUGGUGAAAUCAAACCAUCAAACGAAUCUGUUAAUGAAGAUGUCCAUGUAAUGAUUCGAAAAGCAAUUCUAACUCCAACACGUUUAGAAUAUUGUCGCCAAAUGCCAAUGCUGAGAUCACGUUUCAGUAAUAUGGCCAAUUUGGAUUAUGCCAUUCGAUUCACAAUAUUAGAAGAUAAUAAUGGAGUGCUUAAUUCAAAUUCUGAUGAUACAAUUCAAUUUCACAAGAAAACAUUUAAGAAAAAAUUAGAAGACGGAUUUCUUAUCUCGAAUCGUGAUUAUCAGUUUUUGGGUGCAUCUCCCAGUCAGAUGCGAGAAAAUGGAAUUAAUUUCUAUGCAAAAGAUGAUGAAAAUCGUACUGCUGAAACGAUAAUAGCUAAUGCAGGAAAUUUAAAAGAAUAUGCACGAAAUCCAUCCAAAUUGAUGGCUCGUUUAGGCUUGCUUUUCUCACAAGCAAUCAUAUAUCAUGAUCUUUCUAAUGCAAAUGUUGUUAAAACCGAAGAAAUUUAUAGUGAAGAUAAAAAAUAUUGCUUUUCCGAUGGUUGUGGACUUAUUUCCGAAACCAUUGCUAUUGAUAUAGCUGAAAAACUGCCAAAUUUGUUUAAAUAUGUUCCAUCUGCAUUUCAAUUCCGUCAUGGCGGCCACAAAGGAGUAUUGGUUAGUUAUCAAAUUAAAGAUAACCACAUUAUUUAUCGAGAUAGCCAAAUAAAGUAUAAGGCAGAAGAUCCUAAACUCGGUAUUUUGAGCUAUUCGUAUCCACGCCCAGUUCAUUUAUGUCGCUCAUUGAUCAACAUAUUAUAUCAAAAAGGUGUAAAGGAAACUUUAUAUAAAUAUUUUAAUCGUGAUACGAAAAUUAUAAUGGAAGCAAUGUUAACGAAUGAAUCGGCCUUGAAAUUAUUGAAUCACUAUCCGAAUUUUGCCAUUUUAUUUGACAAAUUGUUGGAUUCAGGAUUUUCAUUAAUCAACGAGCCAUUUCUCCGUACCAUUUUGCAACAUGUAAUGAUUUUUCGAUUAAAAGAAUUGAAAACAAAAGCUAGAGUUAAAAUUCCCGAAUCUAAUGGUCGUUCGGCAUUUGGUGUGCUCGAUGAGACAAAACAACUAAAUUCUGGUGAAAUGUUUUUCCAAUACAGUAUAUUGGACAAUGACGGUGUACCUACAGGAAAAACUAAAAUUAUUGAAGGUGAAAUCAUGGUUACCAAAUUUCCAUGCACUUCUAUGGGAGAUGUUAGAAAAUUCAAAGCGGUUAAUGUACCAGAUUUGAAACACAUCAAAGAUUGUCUGGUGUUUCCAGCAAAAGGAAACCGUCCACAUACUGAUGAAAUGGCUGGUUCAGAUUUAGAUGGCGAUGAAUAUGCAAUUUUUUGGGAUGAUGAUUUAAUUUUUCCUGGUAAAAAUCAUGAACCAUUAGAUUUUGAAAGUCAUCAACGACCAGAUUUGGCGAAUAUUGUCAAAGCAUCUGACAUGAUCGAUUUUUAUAUAGAAUUUUUGACUGAAUCAAAUCUGGGUAGAAUAGCCAAUUGUCAUCUAAUGUUUGCAGAUUUUCAUCCUCAAGGAUUACUAUCUGGGGAAUGUAUUGAAUUGGCUAAAGAAUACAGUAAAUCAUUGGAUUUUCAGAAAAAUGGUAUCAACGCUAAAUUGGAACGUGAAUAUAAUGCGGAUAAACAAUUUAUACGGCCUGAUUUCAUGAGUAAACUAGAAUUGAGACAAAAUAAUUAUUUAUCUCGAAAUAUUCUUGGCGAAUUCUAUCGACAGUGUUGUCUGAUCGAAAAUAUUGUUUUAUAUGCUGAUGAAUUAUCACCAGAUUUACAGGAAUAUAUUGAACCACAGAAAGAAUUAAUCCUUCCAGGAUGGGAAAAAUAUAAAACAUUGGCUAAUAACGCAUUCAAAGAAUACUAUUAUCGUAUUGUGGAAACAAUGGAAACGAUGGGCAUUGCUUCAGAAGCUGCAUUUUUAUCGGAUUUAUAUGAAAAACGUCCCGAAGUUGCAACUUAUUUAUCUCACGAUCUUUCCGAUCAUAUUCGAGGUGUUUAUGCUAGACAAUCGGCUGGAAAAAAUCCAUAUCAAAAACAUCUUUUAACAUCGGCUUGGUAUGCGAUUUGUUUCGAGAAAUCAACUUUAUUUCAAUAUCAUUAUAAACAACGGCCAUUGCUUGGUUUACCAUUCAUGAUAUCCAAUGAAUUGAUCAAUUUGGCUUAUUACAUCAAUCUAAAUAAAUCUGUUGAGCCAAUUGUAACAACAGAUGAAGAUCAAUCAUCAUUGAAUAAAAUGAUUCAAUUUUCCUAUCAGGAAUGUAUCGAUUGGUCUACGAAAUUCAUACUUUGUUGGAUGGAAAAAUUUCAAGAAAAUUUUUUCAAAAACUAUAAAAAUAUUGAAAAUUUGUCCGUGAAAUUUGAUUCAAAAACACCAAUGCCAUUACGAUUAUUUCUUGCUCAAUAUAUUCAUGAUGUUAUCGAUUCAAUUGCUAUUAAAAAAUCAUUCAAAAAAGAUGAAGAUCAUUGUUAUCAAGAUAUUUUCUAUUUAAUCGAUGAAUUUUUUCGACAUUUACAUUCCUUAUGUAAUGAAGUGAAUACAUUUAUUAUUGAAUCGAAAAUCGAACAAAUUUUACUGUUACCAUAUGCUUUGUUUGCAUCCAAAUUCAUUGGACAUAUUGGCUCAUCUAUGAGUGAUGUUUCAAAUGAAACGCUGCUUAAUAUUACUAAAGCUGAUUUUAUUGACAUGAACUUGAAACACAUUAAUCGAUUAUUCAAUAAUAUAAUCAUGCGUAAAGAAAAGCUUUAUCGUUACUUUGAAUUUUCAAUAUUGGACCAACGUUAUUUUAAUUGCUUUUUAUCAUUGAACGAGAAAGAUAAAUUAAAAUGGAAAAUUUUGACUGGUGGAUUAAAAGAUAUUAAGAUACCAAAUAAAUAUGAUCGAAAAAUUAAUGGCCGAAAUUCUGUAUUUGGUUGGAAUCUUAAAAAAGUUAAUUUGGAAUUUAUUACAAUUAAAACCAGAGGUUUACAGCCAUCAAUAACGUUAUUGAAAUUGCUUAUUGGACAUCCACAUUUUUAUGAAAUCUUUACAAAAUUGUCAUUUGAUCAUUGUUUCAUUUAAUUUGUGAUUUUAUAAAUAUAGUCUUCUUUUUA